GUGGAAGAGAUUAGAAACGCAUGAUGUUGUGAUAGAGUGUGCCAAAAUCUCCCUGGACCCUUCGGAAGCCUCCUACGAAGAUGGCUAUUCUGUGUCUCACCAGCUGUCCGCCCGGUUCCCUCACCGCUCAGCUGAUGUCACCGCCAGCCCCUAUGUUGACACACAGAAUAGCUAUGGGAGUGCCACUUCUACCCCGUAUUCCUCUUCUCGGCUGACGUUAAAUACGCCAGGGCAGCUACCUCAGACUCUGAGUUCCCCGUCGACACGGCUGUUAACUGAGCCGCCACAAGCCACUCUUUGGAGCCCAUCCAUGGUUUGUGGUAUGACCACUCCUCCGACGUCGCCUGGAAAUGUCCCAGCUGACUUGUCACACCCUUACAGUAAAGUCUUUGGUACAGCUGGUGGAAAAGGAACUCCUCUGGGAACCCCAGCAACCUCGCCACCUCCAGCCCCCCUCUACCACUCGGAUGACAUUUCACUCCCCCUGGCCACAGCCACAGCCCCCAGGAAGGAAGAGAGGACAGACCCCGCGAGGCCGUGUCUGCACAGACAGCACCAUCUUCCGAAUGACAGAGCACCAGAAGAGCUACCCAGCAACAGAGGUUCUGUCACUCUCAGUGAUCUCCCAGGGUUUUUAGGUGAUCUGGCGUCUGAAGAAGAUAGUAUUGAAAAGGACAGAGAAGAAGCCGCAAUAUGUAAAGAGCUCUCUGAGAUCACCACGGCAGAGGCCGAGCCUGUGGCUCCUCGAGGAGGCUUUGACUCUCCCUUCUACCGAGACAGUCUCCUGGGUUCUCAGCGCAAGACCCACUCGGCAGCCUCUGGUGCGCAGGUUGCCAGCACGAACCCUGAGCCUUUACACUCCUCCCUGGACAAGCUUGGGCCGGACACACCAAAGCAAGCCUUUACUCCCAUAGACCUACCCUGUGGCGGUGCCCACGAAAGCCCCGCCGGGGACAGGGACCGCCAGACUUCUUUGGAGACCAAUAUCCUCACUCCCAGCCCUUGUAAAAUUCCACCUCAGAGGGGAGUGGGCUUUGGAAGUGGGCAGCCACCCCCAUACGAUCAUCUUUUUGAGGUGGCCUUGCCAAAGACUGCCCAUCAUUUUGUUAGCAAGAAGACCACGGAACUGUUAAAGAAAGCGAAAGGAAACACUGAGGAAGACUAUAUGCCCUCUACCUCCCCAGUGGAAAUACUGGACAGGCUGAUACAGCAGGGAGCAGACGCCCACGGCAAGGAGCUGAGCAGGUUGUCCUUACCCAGCAAGUCUGUCGACUGGACCCACUUUGGAGGCUCUCCUCCCUCAGACGAGAUCCGCACCCUCCGAGACCAGCUGCUCCUGCUGCACAACCAGCUCCUGUACGAGCGCUUCAAGAGGCAGCAGCACGCUCUCCGCAACAGGCGGCUGCUGCGCAAGGUGAUCCACGCGGCGGCCCUGGAGGAGCACAACGCUGCCAUGAAAGAUCAGUUGAAAUUACAAGAGAAGGACAUCCAGAUAUGGAAGGUUAGUCUGCAGAAAGAACAAGCCAGAUACAGUCAGCUCCAGGAACAGCGGGACUCGGUGGUGACCCAGCUCCACAGCCAGAUCCGACAGCUGCAACACGACCGAGAAGAGUUCUACAACCAGAGCCAGGAGUUACAGACGAAGCUGGAGGACUGCAGGAACAUGAUCGCGGAGCUGCGGGUGGAGCUGAAGAAGGCCAGCAGCAAGGUGUGCCACACCGAGCUGCAGCUCAGCCAGGUCUCUCAGAAGCUCUCGAACAGCGAGUCGGUCCAGCAGCAGAUGGAGUUCCUGAACAGGCAGCUGCUGGUGCUGGGCGAGGUCAACGAGCUAUACUUGGAGCAGCUGCAGAGCAAGCAUUCAGACUCCAGCAAGGAAGUAGAAAUGAUGAAAGCUGCAUAUCGGAAAGAACUAGAGAAGAACAGAAACCACGUUCUCCAGCAGAAUCAGAGGCUCGAUACCUCCCAGAAACGGAUUUUGGAACUGGAAUCUCAUCUGGCCAAGAAAGACCACCUGCUUUUGGAACAAAAGAAAUAUUUGGAGGAUGUCAAACUGCAGGCAAGAGGACAGCUGCAAGCUGCCGAGAGCAGGUAUGAGGCCCAGAAAAGGAUUACCCAGGCGUUCGAGUUGGAGAUCUUGGACUUGUAUGGCCGACUGGAGAAGGAUGGCCUUCUGAAAAAACUUGAAGAGGAGAAAACAGAAGCCGCUGAGGCAGCAGAAGAAAGGCUUGACUGUUGUAACGAUGGCUGCUCGGAUUCCACGGUAGGGCACAAUGAAGAGGCAUCUGGCCACAAUGGUGAGACCAAGACCCCCAGGCCUGGCGGCACCCGGGGCAGCGGUGGGAGCAGAGGAGGUGGAGGUGGCAGCAGCAGCAGCAGCAGCGAGCGUUCCACCCCCGAGAAACCUCCCACCCAGAGGGCGGGUCCGUUCAGCAGUCGCUGGGAAAACCCCAUGGGAGAGCCCUCGCCCAGCAUCCCCGCGACUGUCGGCUCACUUCCCAGCUCCAAAAGCUUCCUGGGCAUGAAGGCCCGGGAGUUAUUUCGUAAUAAGAGUGAGAGCCAGUGUGAUGAGGACGGUGUGACCAUCAGUAGCCUUUCUGAGACCCUGAAGACAGAACUGGGCAAAGACUCGGGUGUGGAAGCCAAGGCGCCCCUGACCCUCGAUGGCCCACGCACAUCUCCCCCAAACCCAGACAGUGUUGGACAGCUCCGUAUCAUGGACUACAAUGAGGCUCAUCACGAACACAGCUAAGGGUGAGGGUCGCUCAGUGUUAACCUGCACAUUGUUGGCGUAGAACAGGAGGUGUGAACGCACGUCUCAAAGCUUUCCUGUUUCCAGGGUCUGAGUGGCGCGCUCCCACGGUGGAAAUGGGAUGGCGGAACGGUUUUUGGAUCUAGCAUUGAAAUGCCUCGUACCCUUCCCCGAACCCACCCCCAGCCCCUUCCUCGUUCGCCUGCCGGUGUGUGCUAAUCUGAGGGCCGGUGCGCGCCUCAGGCGCUCUAUUUCCUUCCUUUGUCCCCCAAACGGCUGCACCCUGUGAACCUGUGCAGUGUGAGGCCAGAUUUAAUCCUUGCAUCUGACACCCACCUUCUGCUUCCCUGAGGCUCAGAGAGCUGGGGUGGCUCAGACCAGGUAAGUCUGGUUCUGCCCUUCAAGGACGUGGCCUGCAAAGCCGAUGGUCUUCACGUGAAGGCUUGCACGGGCACUCUGAGGGCGGGCGUCGCACGCAGCAGGUCUGGCAGGACGCUGGCUCGUUUCACCCUUGAUCUUCAGUGGCUCUGAGAAGCUUCCUAGAAAGUUUAGUGAACAGUCUGUCGUUUCAAACGUCUGGAUUUGGCAGCGUGGAGACCAUAUUCCUUACCCUGUAAGCUCUGUCCCUCCUUUCCCACUACCUCUUAUUUAUUUGGUGUUUGCUUGAAUGCGGGUGUUGGGCUGACCGCAGGCUGGACGGGCGGUGGGAACAGCUGCUCCCCGCAGGAGGCUUGGAGCAGUCGCCGGAGCUCUCGCGUGUGAGCACCUCGCCACGCCCACUUCUGCUCGCGGCAGCACGGAGGCUGUGGCGGCCCCGAGAGUCUGUCUGGCGCUCGGGUGGCCGUCGCUCCUCGGCAGGAUGAGAUCUAGGCCUCCGCAGGACAGCAGCUGUCUCACGCUAGUCCAGCUUCCCGUGGCGGUCACGGCAGGGAGGAGAGAGCGGGGUGGACAAGGGCUCGCUGCCCCUGGCUGCCGGGCUGCCCUGCAGGCACGCGAGAGCUGACCCAUCAGGGCGCUGCACGGUCAGCAGACGCUCCUGGUGUGAUGCCAGAAGACUAGGGUUGCUGCUGGUGCUCUGGCCGAGGCGAGGAGAGGCCUGGGGAGAGAGCCAGUGGGCGUGGCUGUGCCGCUGCUGUUCUUCCAGUAGAAGGAGCAGAAGGCUGCAGCCAGCAAGAGGUGCAAGAAACUGCAAUGGUACGACUCUUAUGCAUUCAGACGUUCCAGCACGUGAGGGUUUUCCUUUCCUUUCCUUUCCUUUUCCUUUUUUUUUUUUUUUUUUUAACGUGGCAAAAAGUAUUUUAGUAUCCCCAACUGAAAGGAACUAGAGCAUGCGAGAGUCCAUGUCACCAUGGCGAUACCGGCAGACCUGUUCUGGCCAGGACUUCUGCCCGUGACUAACCGACUCCCAGCCUACAGCAGGGCUCGUCCCCAGCUGCGUAAGCUCGGCAGGGCCUGGCUGUAGCCUCUGGGUGUGCCGUGUGGAGCUGUCCUGAUGCCACACUUCUAAUUCAGCCUUGUCCAAAGGAAAGCUUCAAACCCAGUACUUUCCGGGCUCCUGGUUCCGUUACAGAAGAGGACAGCAUGAACAAAUUCAGAGGGAAAAGCACUCUUAGAACCAGUGCUAAGUACUCUCCGUGCCGCGCUCCUGGGAGUGCUGUGCCACAGGACAGACACACCAGGCGCUCCACUGCCCUGCCUUAACUGGCGGGGGAAAGGAGGCAAGUGUGAGAAUUGUUUUUUUUUUUUUUUUAUGGGCGGAUUGUAGAAGUACAGGAAGAAAGGCAGCAUGGCAGAUGCCCCGAGGUGGGCGUGCAGGCCACUGGAGCUCGGGGCCCACUGUGGGGGUGACAGGGCAGGCCCAGCUGAGCUCUCGGAAGCCGUGGGUUCUGUUCCAGGAGGGAUGGGGGGGUCGGGAUCUGGAGUUGCGUUGGUUACCCAACCCCAGAUCUCGGGCUGCAGAGUCGGUGGGCGUUUGGUUUUGCCUUGAAAGUGAUCAGCUUGCCACAUCAGUGGGUCACUCAGUCUUGUUGCAGCAAGUACUUUUAAGGAUGGAAAGGGAUAGUAGAGGGACUUGCAGUGAGCUGGUCAGGCCCGGCAGAGACGUGAGAGUGGUGAGUGUUACCAUGGGAAGGACUCCCGAGGAGCCGGUCGGGCCGAGAGGCCCUAGAGCAAUUGGUGCCACAGGCAGAGCCUUAGAAAUGGUGGAGCAGCUUGGCGCUCGUGAAGGUGGGGCUGGCUAGGCCUCCCUCGCCGGGAGCGAGCGUCCCCGGUGGAGCCGCGCGGCCAGCCUGCACGGCCUGCGCUGAUCCCCAGCGGCCCCAGGCCCUGAGGAGGCGGCGUCAGCCUCUCGUACUGCAUGGCAUUUGUUUGGAAAGGGGCACUACAGCCUUUAGGGGUGGGAGGGCAGGAAGCCGAGUUCCUGACUCGACUCCAGGAAACAAGCACACGGAUCUCGAUGAUAGCUUUCCUGUGGAUUUCAGAGAAGCUUUGACGGCUGCGCCAUGACGUCUGUAAGAGUAGUUGCGAUGGGAUAGGAAAUACGUGGUCACGAGCAGAAAAACCUGGAGCCCAGAGGUGGGCGGUCGGCGUCUUCCGUGGCCGUAGUGGGCCGUGGGCAGGAGUGCGUCGCUGAGGCCGGCUGACGGUUCUUCCGGAGGGGAAGCUGCCUGGCCGUCAGGGCGACGCUGCAGAGGUUCUGGUUAGGGUCUCUGAGGCACAGAGCUCCGUGCGAGCCCGUUUCUGUGAGGUGGCCGGGGGAGAUGGUCUGACGUUCCUGGCAGCCACUGGUGAUGAGGAAGGAGGAUGAGCGCCGCCUGCCACUCCCUGGGCAGAAGCCGUGUCAGGACCCCGCACUCGGUCCCCGCACGGGCUGCCUGGUGGUUCUGUCGGGGACGACAGUUCUGGGGAUCGUUGAGAGAAGGACGCGCGCGGUGUGGUAGGGACCACGCGGCUCAGAGUCGCGAGUGGAACACAGGCGUGUGGCUCUGCGUGGACGGCAGGCAGGGGGACGCCCCCCAGUUGCCGCCAUGUCGCGCUUGAAGCCAGGAAGGAGCGGCGCCUGGUGAAGCCGGGUUUCCCUCGGAAGCUGCGGCGGGAGGAAGGGUGGCAGGCAGAGCGAGGGCUCAGGCAGGGGCUGCGGUGGCGUCGGCACGCGGUCCACUCUUGGCACUCUGGGAGAAGCCGAGCCCUCCCAGCACCUGCUGCAUCUUGAGGCCGCGGGGUGGGGUGCGUGUGUGCUGGGGAGCGUUCCAGGCCGAGCGUGUCUGUGUCUGUUUACACUCAGAGUCUUGAGAGGGCCCGCACUCCUACCCCGGACCGCUGGCAGUCAUUGGUUGCACUUGAUGAAGCUUUUCUUUGUAGGUUUAAAAAAAAUUUAGGUCGAGGACUGGCCCUCAGCUGCUGCUGCGACCCUUGUCCCCUGUGGCUCCUUCCCCAUCUGUGACUGACGCGCCCAGGGCUUCUGCCCGCCAUCCUGCAGUCUGAAUGUGCGCUCCCCAGAGAACAGCGGGCAGCUGCCCGGGGCCGCCAGAGAGCCGGGCGUCUGCACCCACGGCUGCGUUUGGCCCUGAGACGAGUUAGUGAAGGCUGAAGAUCUUUCUCCCGCUUCCCAGGGCCACACGGUGACCCACCCCAUGGGCUGAGUAGGCUGGUGUGGCCGCCGGAAUAGCUCUUUGAGAAGAUACCCCAGGAGUCUGGCAUCCCCCAAGCCCCCCUCCCUGGCCCCUCCCCAGCGCGUUCGGUGUGGACAGGAGGGCGCGGGCCGCCGUGUGGCAGCCCUUUGGCUCACCCGAGAGGCAGCCAGGCAUUUUGCACUAGGAAGAAUCAGUGACCACUUAACUGAAGACGUCUGUGGACCACAAACACAUCAUGGAGGAACAGAUUUUGCUACGACAUAAUCUAGUUUUAUAGCUCAAUCAUGGAUGAACCAUGUGGCUAACUUGCAGUUUAAAGGGGUCCCAUCAGUGACAAGAAACAUUUUUUAAACUGUUUUUAGUUAAAUUGGAGCAAGACAUCUCUUGUCAAAAGGCUUAAACUUUCCCGCCUCAGUCGUAAAAGCAUGUCAAACAAUCCACAUUAGAUGCCAUAAAAAUGAACUGCAAGAGAAAAAUGGUACAAUCUUAGUGAAUGGGGAUCGGAAUCAAAAGGGUUUGCUGUCCUUAGAAUGUUCUAAAAUGUCAAGGCAGUUGCUUGUGUUUAACUGUGAACAAAUAAAAAUUUAUGGUUUUGCACUA